UGUCAUAUUUUAGCGCCAAAAUACAUGUAAAUAAAAUUACCCAAAACAACUUUUGGUUUUGAGAGUUUAACGUAUUAAUUCAACUAAUUUACCUUAAGAACUCAAUAAAUCGUUAAAAAAAAAUCAAAUUAUGGCUAACUCAAACGAGCAAGAAUUACGCGAGGCGCAAAGCCAGUAUCUGGUUUUUUUGGAUGAUGAAGAAGAUCAAGGCAAAUACAGCCAGAUGAUCAGGAAUAUGAUAACGGAAAAAAGCCAGCGCUUAGUUGUCAACAUAAAUGAUUUGAGGCGAAAAAAUGCUUCAAGAGCAUUGGCCUUGCUGAAUAAUGCCUUUGAAGAACAACUCGCUUUUCAGAGAGCCCUAAAAGACAUCAUUUAUCAAAUUAAUUAUGAAUACGCCAAGGAGAAUGAAGAGUUCUUUAUUGCAUUUGAAGGUAGUUUUGGUAACAAACAUGUAACACCUAGGACACUGACUUCUGGAUAUCUUGGAAGCUUGAUUUGUGUAGAAGGGAUUGUUAGCAAAUGUUCAUUGGUAUAUCCUAAGCUUGUAAGGAGUGUACAUUACUGUCCAGCCACUAAAAAAUUCAUGGAAAGGAAAUAUACAGAUUUAACAUCUUUGGAAGCAGUGCCAACCUCAGCUGCAUAUCCGACAAAGGAUGAAGAUGGCAACACACUAGAAACAGAAUUUGGUCUUUGCAAGUAUAAGGACCACCAAACAAUAACCAUCCAAGAAAUGCCAGAAAAAGCUCCCGCAGGUCAAUUACCCCGCGUGGUGGAUAUUAUUUGCGAUAAUGAUUUGGUAGAUGCCUGUAAGCCUGGUGAUAGAGUGCAGGUGGUUGGGAACUUUAGAUGCCUACCUAACCAUCAGGGAGCAUUCACCAAUGGGGUGUUCCGAACCAUCGUUAUAGCAAACAAUAUCAAACAGCUUAGCAAAGAAUCGAGUCCUUCAAUUUCAAGGGAGGAUGUACAGAGAUGCAAACAACUGGCCAGAAAUAACAAAAAUAUAUUUAAUUUAUUGGCCAAAUCUCUUGCGCCUUCCAUACAUGGACAUGAGUAUGUUAAAAGGGCCAUACUUUGUCUUCUACUGGGUGGAGUAGAAAAAGUUUUGCCAAAUGGCACUCGCCUCAGAGGUGACAUAAAUGUACUUCUUAUUGGCGAUCCUAGUGUGGCUAAAUCUCAACUGUUAAGAUAUGUUUUGCAUACGGCUCCCAGAGCCAUUCCCACAACCGGAAGAGGCUCUUCCGGAGUUGGUUUGACUGCUGCUGUCACCACAGAUCAGGAAACUGGAGAAAGAAGGUUAGAGGCUGGAGCUAUGGUAUUAGCUGAUAGGGGUGUGGUAUGUAUCGAUGAAUUCGACAAAAUGAGUGACAUAGACAGGACAGCAAUUCACGAGGUGAUGGAACAAGGCCGGGUAACAUUAGCCAAAGCAGGUAUUCACGCCAGCUUGAAUGCCAGAUGUUCGGUUUUGGCCGCGGCCAAUCCUGUAUACGGAAAGUACGACCAAUACAAAACUCCAAUGGAAAACAUCGGUCUGCAAGACUCCCUACUCUCACGUUUCGACUUGCUAUUCGUCAUGUUAGACACGAUCGACGAAAAUACGGAUCUGGAAAUAUCGGAUCACGUAGUUAGAAUGCAUAUGUACAGGAACCCGCUGGAACAAGACGGUGAGGUCCUACCUAUGGGUUCCACAGUUGACAUUUUUAGCACGAGCAACCCGGACGAGGACGAUCUGAAAAUAGUGCCCACUUAUGAGAAAUACGACGCAUUAUUACAUGGAAACAGUAGAAAAAAGUCUGAUAAGAUUCUCAGUGUCGAGUUUAUGAGGAAAUACAUUCAUUUCGUGAAGAUUUUGAAGCCGCAGCUCACUGAUGAAGCGUCGGAGAUUAUUGCCGAGGAGUACUCGAGGCUUCGGUCGGAAGAUGUUAUGGAUAAUGAUGUUGCUAGGACCCAACCGGUAACUGCUCGUAGCCUCGAAACAAUGAUCCGUCUGUCGACUGCGCAUGCAAAGGCGCGCAUGUCGCGUACCGUCAACGCGGAAGACGCGCAUGCGGCCAUCGAGCUGAUCCAAUACGCUUACUUUAAAAAGGUGUUGGAGAAGGGUGACAAGAAAAAGAGGAGGAGGGAGAGCCAAUCGGAGGAGAGCGAGGAUGAUGACCAGGAGAAACAGCAGAGGCCUAAGAAAACCAGGAGAGCGAGAUCUGAAAUCGGAGAGGAUUCAGAAGGAGAGCUGGUCUCGACUCAGGGUUCCACCAGAUCCAGUAGAAGAGGCGAAUUAAACGAAACCGCUGCAGAAGAGGAAGAAUUGGCAACGGAACUUCCAUCGAGCCUAAACGGGCAUGCGUCCCAAGAAAGUAUGGAGGUCGAUGAGUCUCCGAAGGAAAUUAGUCAAGAUAGGCUCUCGACAUUUAAGACUUCGUUAUGCAAAGCUUUUCAAGAGAACCGCACUCAAGCCCUAAGUCUUACCCGGAUAAAGGACUUCGUAAACAAGGACAACUCCAGUCCGUAUUCUCAAGGAGAAAUCUCGGCAGCCAUAGAAAAGAUGUCAGACGAUAAUCAAGUUAUGAUGGCGGACGGCAUAGUGUUCUUGAUUUAAUUUUAAUUUCAUUUGUAAGAAUUCAAUAUUUUUUUUACAUAAAGUGUGUUUUUAACUUA